GAAGUCGACGCGUCUGUCAGUUCAGUGUUUCAGUUCACUUUUGUUGUGAUUCAGCUCUCCAAGUGAAAAGUAAAUAAAGUGCGAAAAAUGGUAAUUUGCGAGACGAAUUUGGUCCCGUGAAUUUGUGCAAAGUAUCGCCCAACCAUACGGGAAUCGCUUCCACACCGACGGAUUUCCCGAAACCCACCCACAGUAUGGCACUGACGCCGGAUGAGUUGCGGAAGCGGAUUCCCCAGUGGUCGCUAGAAUCAGAUGGACAGCUUUUGCAGUAUAUGAAUCAAAUCUCGAAGAAUCUCGAGGCAAAAUGCAAACAAACCCAGGACAACUUGACUCGUCUGAUGCUGGAUAUAGACGAGAGUCACCUCCGCUACGCCAAUGCUUCGAACAGUUUCAACGGCAUUCAGCAGCUGAAAUACGUGGAGAACCGUGUUCAGGACGACGACGAGAGUUUCUACUCCGUUCGGGAGGAGAAAGAGGAGGAGGGGGAAAAACUGCCGUAUGGAGAAGUUUUCCACAUGGCCGUGGAAAAGUCCAUUGCUAACAUGUACAAAUCUUUCGAGAAGGUCACUGUUCAACUGGAUAGUGAUAGCGAUAGCGACGAUGAGGAGGAGGCUGCUGUGAGGAAUACAGUGUUAAGAGCUGUUCAAAAGUAUCCUUACAUUAGUAGACCGCUGCCGUACAUAAUAGGGUCUCAAGAGUGGCGGGAAAAAUGGCACGCUGGUUUGAUUGAUUCCGAAGAAGAGUCCGAUACGGAGGAGAAGGAACAGUAUUCGGAUUCCAGCGACAGUGAGAAGAAUUUCCCGUCACAGACUAAUAGUAACCAUACGCCCUCGGAAUCGGAGGGCUCGGUUUGGGGCGUACAUGCGGAUCCACGGCGAAGGGCUCCAUCGUUCGACCCAAGUGUAUCUGGGGAUGACGCUCUGUCGAUUCAUUCGAGUUCCAGUGCAAUCAGACCUGUCGGCGCGAGAACUUUGAUAAAGGUUCCAGUGUUACCUGGGUUCAGACCUCCAUCGCUUUUCCCAGAUCAACCUCCGCAGGAUGAUACGAUUAGUGUGUCUUCUAGGAACAAGGUGACAAAUCUGUUCGAAGAAUCUGAUGAGGAAGACUCAACUCCUACGCAUAGACCAACGGCUAUAAGUGCAACGACGAAUGCACAGUCAAGCUACUUCAGAGGAAAUCAGGUGGAAAGGAGAACGGUGAAUCUGUUCUCUGACGAACCACCGCCUUCGAGCCACGAGCCUACACCAACUUCUUCAAUAAGUAAUCACUCGCAAAAGAAACCUGUCAACCUGUUCAUCGACAGUGACGAAGAUGAUUCGUUCAAUAAUAAUUCUUCAUCCAAGAGUAGUAGCGUUUACCAGAAUGAACCUCCGGAGUUGCCUGUUCCGGCGAGAAAGGGUUCUAAUCUGUUCAAUGACGGAGAUAAUUCUGAUGUAACUCCAAAGGCACGUGUUGGUAAAACGGGUGGCAAUUUGUUCGACCAGGUUAACAACAACGAAGCGGAUGAGGAGGAUGAUCUUUUUGUACCAGCUAAGCGAUCGAUCAACGGUGGUGUUGAGGAUAAAACGAAGGGGGUCAGAAGAGUUACAAAUUUGUUCGAUGAUGAACCGCCGGAGGAUGAUUUCGAUCAGAUAUUUAAACCUAAGGCUACGGAUAGGAAAAUACCCGGUGCGAAAAAGGUACUGCCUCCGAUUAGUAAACAGGACAAGGAGGAAGGCAUUGUGAAAAAGCCGAAUCCACAACAGCGAAUAGUUGAGCAAGUUCCGGUGGUAGCACAACGAAUCGUUAAAGAGAAGGUAAAUCUGUUUGACGAUGAUAAUGAUGACGCGAAUGAUAUAUUUUCCGAGAGUGUUACGAAAAAGGAAACUCUUGCACCAAAGAAACCGAAGAUCAAUCUCUUUGACGAUGAUGAUAUCGAUGAAGGAUCGCUUCUAGCAGAACCCAAAUUGUCUGAGGAUCAAAUUAAUGCAAAUGAUUACACAAAAGUGAAGCCAAAAGAGACGAUCGUCAGUCAAAGCAGUAGUAUUCGAUCGGAGAUUCUGAAGAAGUCUAUUUUCGAUUCGGAUUCCAAUGAAGAUGAAGACGAUUUUAUCUUUGGCGGAAAAAGCUCUGUUUCGGCUUCCGUUACGAGAAAAGAACCAGAACCACUUCCGAGGCAAGUGGAGCCGGUUACACCUUUACAAAAGCGUAUUGAAGUUUCGAAUGAUCGGGUACCUGCAGUGAAUACCAGGAUACCUGACGACGUUCCUAAUAUUGAGAAGCAAAGUGUGAACAUCCAGCCAAUUCAACCGGAAUCCAACCAAUCCAGUAUUCGUUCGGAACUUCUUAAAAAGAAAUCAAUUUUCGAUUCCGAUUCUAAUGAGGACGAUGGAGAUGAUCUUCUAUUCGGUGCGAAGAAGAUUGCUUCCGAAGUUGCGGAGAAGAAGGAUACACCGAAAUUUGAAAGUGUACAAGUAACGACCAUUGGAAGUAAUGCAAAGGUUAGUAAUCCAUCGGACGAAACAGAGAAAAUAAAAGAUUUUGUGGAAAUCGCUGAAAAGCCUCCCAUACCUGAUGAGCCUCCUGAGGACGAUGGAUGGGCGAGCGAUCUUAAGCCAACUUAUCCUGAAGUUUCCAAUGACAUUGAUUACUAUCUCACAACCAAAAGGAUUAAUGGACCAUCCGAGUCUUCUGUAUCAACGUCACUGGUACAAUCAAAUCAUGUAGAACCGAACACACCAAACGAUAUAGAAGUUGAGCAACAACAAUCCUCAAAGGAAGAUACCUAUGACGACUCGAAACCUACCACUGUUGAACCACCUCCAGAUGAAGAGAUGUUUCAAAGUUCUAACCAGGAAGUAAACGGCAAUAUUCCGAGUCCGUCAUCCUUACCUCUCGAAACGGAUAAUGAUGCACACAAAAACGAUAGCUCUAGCAACAAAAGUGCCUUAAAUUUCAAUUCCAUUUGCUUGUUCGAUGAUAUCCCACCGCCGGAUGAUUGCUUCGAAGAACCUCGUACAACACUGCUGGCAGUGGACCACACUGAUGAUGGUUUCUAUACUGAACAACCCACCGCUUCAAAUUCGGCCAACGCAAACCACUAUCUCUUUCUGGAUGAUGGCGACGGGCCGCCUCCUGAUGAUGAGGUUGAUGAUGGUAAAGUAACUUCAAAAAUUCAACAAGAGCCCGCCUCUUUCAAGAGCAUAUCAGCCAUCAUAGUGGAGCGUAGCAAAAACGAUUCCAGCUACGAGGGAAAUCGAGAAAAGCCCAAGAUCAAUAGACUGAGCGCAAAAGUUAACAUCAACGUAAAUGCUUUACUGCCGGGAGCCCGAAGACCGCAACCCGCUGCAGCGGUAGAGAAGACACCAGAUAUUACAAAUUCUGCUGAUCAAGUCGAAGGAAGUUCUCCCAAAGAGAACCCCAGAACAGAGCCAAAGCCACAGCCAGACUCCGAAACUGGGUCAGCAAAGUUAGUUAGCUUGAACAAAGGACGUGCUAGAAUACAAACUAAACGAAAACCUCAAUCUAGGCAAAAUCGAAGGUCGAACUAUGAAAACAGCCUAGCAUCCGGGACUACUGAAGGAAUUAAUGAUCAUCCUACGAGUGAAGAAACCCCCAAAGAAGAGGUACGCGUAGUAGUUGGUUCCGAAGAAAAGACCCAACACGUCGAAGUCAUCGCUGCGCACGUAAAGGUCGAUCAACUUCUUAGCAACGAAUUGAUCCAAAAACUUUCAGAUGUGAAACUUUUCGAAAAUGAAACCGAUACGGAAGACAAACUUUUCAGUAUCAGUAUAACAAAACCUUCUCCCAGUGUCCCAAUACCAAAGAAUUUAAAUCAUCCCGUAGUGGCACCUGCUUUCGAAUCGCCUAAGGUACACCAACCAACAUCGAAACCACCCAUCUCUUCAGCAAAACUCUUCAGCGAUGAAGAAUCUGACGAUAGCGAUCUGUUCGGUAAGAUUUCCAAGCCAAUCGCGGUGCAGAAUCCCACCGCCAGUAAACCCAAACAGAACAUUCAGCCAGUCAAACCGGUAACGGCUUCGGUCAGUAUUAAAAAGCAGUCAAUCUUUGGCGAUUCGGACGAUGACGAUGAUCUGUUCUCGAAACCUCAAUCGAUUGCCAAGCCCCCGGCUAAACCAAUCGCUCGACUUAGCAAUAGUGAACCUCCAAAACCCGUCAAGAAAAGCAUAUUCGAAUCCGAUGGCGACAGUGACGAUGAUGACAUCUUUGGGGGAUCCAAAAAGGGUGCAGUUGGCUUCAGUAACCGAGCUCCGACGAAAAAGGAUCCGAAGAUGAGUAAACCCGCACCGCCUCCGAGCAGUAAAAGUUUAUUUGGGGAAGAUGACGACGACGAUGAUGAUCUGUUCAGUUCGAAAAGUAAAUCCGCAUCGAAACCUACUUCAUCGCAACCAGUGGUAACAACGAAGAAACCGGAAAGAACUACUUCGGUCAAGGCGGCAGUAGAUGAUCCGUUAGCCGAUUUGUUAAAAUAGUUUGUCGAUAGCCCUAUCAUCCGAUUCACGACAAACCUAUUCGAACAAAACCGGACCUUUCUUCGGCAACCUGCUGAAGGAAGUUAACUCGUGAUAAUAUUUUGUUUUCACAUUAUGUUCAUAUAGAAGCACUAUACUUUCAAUCUUUGGCACGGUUAUUAUAUAGUUUCGUUUGAAAUUGUGAAUGCAGUUAAGUUUGAACAAACGGAAAAAAAUCUAGUCAAAAUUUAUCGGCUAAUGGAGGAUUACGAGUGAGAGAAGCCGUGCGAUUCCAUGUGCCGCGUGCGCGGCGCAAAUAUCCUAUUCGAGUUGGGUAAUCCUGAUAAGGUGCGGUCUAUAAAUCACACGGUCUCUUGAGGGAGAGGGAGGUAUCUGGCCUAUGACUGAGAUUGUGUUGAAAAGCGGGUCUAGGAUUACUGAAAGAGAGGCCAUGCGUUUCAUAGACAACCCCGUAGCAAGGAUCAAUUAUUCUGAAGCUAACAGCGUGAAGAUAAACUUCAACUGCAUAUUUUAUUUCGUAUCAUUCCGCUUUGUCUUGAGUGACAAUUUUCUUUGAUUAAGCAUUUCUCAUUUGGAUUUAAUGAACAAAAAAAAAUCAAAUUAUUGGCUGUUAGUUCAUUCAUGCUAAACACAUUUAUUGAAACAGAAGGACGUAUAUGUAUCAAUAUAGAGACUCAUUUCCCAAUUGCAUAUAUAGCAUUAAACUACAGAGCUAAAGUAAUAUAUAACGAGAAAAGUGAACAAAAGAGUUAUUGUUAUACAUCUUACGCAACAGAAUAAUAGACUACAACAAUUAUAAAUACAUUUAUAUUCUUA